UGUGUGUCUGUGUGUUAUGUCAGUGUCAGACUGUCAGAUAUGCUUGUGCGAAUGUGCGAAUUUUCGUGUUCGUUUUGAUAAUUUGGCAAAUAGUGAUUCAAAUAAUUUAUCUUACGUGUAUAUAACUAUUCGUUAAAUGUCGUGACAGUGCAAUAAAAUGCAGUUCUAUAAGGAAAGGAUUUUGAACGCUGCACAGUUAAAAAGAUUAAGUGAACAUAAAUAUUCGUGUACCAGUGCUAGUAUAUUGGACGCAUGGCUUCAACCUUGGUGGUGCUGGCUGGUGUCUAAGACGCCGCUAUGGCUCGCUCCGAAUCUCAUUACAAUUUUAGGUCUAAUUGUAAAUGUAGUGACAACAUUAAUUUUAGUUUGGUACAGUCCUGAUGCGCGCCAGGAUGUGCCGCGGUGGGCGUGCGCGGCGUGUGCGCUGGGCGUAUUCGUUUACCAGAGCCUGGACGCUAUCGAUGGCAAGCAGGCGCGUCGCACCGGAAGCCAAUCUCCGCUCGGGGAACUCUUCGACCAUGGCUGUGACAGCAUAUCUACAGUAUUCAUUGCGCUCGGAGCAUGCAUCGCUGUUAAACUUGGAGAGUAUCCAACAUGGAUGUUCUUCCAGUGCUUCUGUGCGAUGACACUGUUCUACUGCGCUCACUGGCAGGCGUAUGUGACGGGCACGCUUAAGAUGGGCCGCAUUGACGUCACCGAAGCGCAAUACGCCAUCAUGGCUAUCCAGCUCGUCUCCGCCACACUCGGCUCCGACUUCUGGGCUACCAAGGUGGGCGGGCUGGAAGUGCGGUACUCGCUAGCCGGCGUGGCUGUGGUGGGUGCGGCGCUCACGCUGGGCACGUUGACCACGGCCAUACUGGCCGGCGGCGUCGGCAAGAAUGGCUCCACGGUUGCACUGGCGGGCGCGGAGUGGCCCUUGUCGCUGGUGGCGUGCGUACUGUCAGACGCCGCACAGCUGCUGCUGCUGGCCAACUUCGCCACCAUCUUCCGCAUCGGGGGGUGCGGCAAGAACGGCUCCACCGUCGCCCUCCCGACCAUCGACCUCAGCAUUAACUUGGUGUCCAACUAUGCCGUCGUCCUAAUGACCCUCUCUCUCGUGUUCGGCUACGUUAAAGUGAUAAUGAGAGGCGGCGUGGGGAAGAACGGCUCCACAGUCGCAGGCACCAGCAUCUUGUCGCCGGUGAUCCCCUUCUCGCUGGUGGUGGUGCCGGCCUUCAUCAUCUUCCAGAAGAGCGAGUCCCACGUCUACGAGAAUCACCCCUCGUUAUACAUACUGGCGUUCGGAAUGGUCGCCGCCAAGGUCACCAAUAGACUUGUGGUGGCACAUAUGACGAAGAGUGAGAUGGAGUACUACGACUGGUCUCUGCUGGGCCCCGCCAUGUUGUUCCUCAACCAGUAUUUCAACAACGCUCUGCCCGAGUACGUCGUGCUGUGGCUCUGCACGAUCUGGGUGUGCGUGGAUCUGAUCCGGUACUGCGGUCAGAUAUGUCUGGAGAUCUGCGAUCAUCUGAAGAUAUGUCUGUUCCGCAUCCCGCACCCCGGGGCGAGCGCGCCGAGCAUGCUCGCGAGCGCGCACGCCGAGCGCAACGUUUGCAGCGACAGCGAGAAGUCUGAGAGCGAAGAUUCUGCGCCGCUCCUCAACAAUAACUCUUUUACAACUUAACACAUUUUUGUAUUGUCCGUGUGUCUGUGUGUCUGUGUG